AUGGCUUCCUCUCCUUUGAGAUCAAAAACCGGUUUCCAUGCUCGCUCUGUUAGCUUGCCCUCUAGAUCCCAUCCGCUCAUUCCUCAAUUCGAGGAGCAUUUGUGCAGAGUAAAGGCUUCUGAAGCCGCAUCCAUCAGCAACAGACCAAGUGGUCUUGAACAGCUGUAUGAUUGCGUGGAUGAAUUGCUUUUGUUGCCACACACUCAACAAGUAUUUGCCCAACAACGCCACGAAAAAUGGGUUGAUGAGGCAUUAGACAGGUAUGUGAGGCUGCUGGAUGUGUGUGCAAUUGCUAAAGACGUCUUCUCACAAGCAAAGCAAGACGUACAAGAGCUACUCUCAAUCCUUCGUAGAAGACGUGAUACAAAUGACUUUGGUGACUACUUGUCCUCAAGAAAGAAGGCUAAGAAGGUGAUCCAAAAGUGCCUAAAGAAUUUGAAGGGUGCUUUCAGAAACAAUGAAAGCAUCAUAUCUUUAGACAAUGACCAUGAAACCAUGGCCAUUGUUAGUAUGUUGAGUCAAGUUGAAGCUGUCACUCUCAACGUGUGCGAGUCCAUGCUGUCCUAUACCGCGGGGACAAAGGUGCAAUCAAGGCCGAGCAGAUGGUCUUUGGUGUCCAAACUGAUGCACAAGAAAAAUGCAUCAGGUCAAGAUGAAGAAACAGAUAUGAACGAGUUUGACAACGUCGAUGCUGCAUUGCACUCCCUCAUAGGUCACAAGACAACCAUGUCUGAUAAAGGCACGUGUGCUGAGAAUGUGCAAAACCAAGUGAAGAAAUUGGAGUGGAGCAUUCAAGAUCAUGAAGAAGGACUCCAGUCCUUGUUCAGGCGCUUAAUCAAAACUAGAGUUUCCCUCCUCAACGUUCUCAACCACUAG